AUGGAAAUGGAGUCAUCAAUUGCUGCUAAUGGAGACGAAAGUCGAUCAAUAGAAGUGUUUGAGCCAGUAGGAAAUGGGGAUGUUUGGAUGUCUUCUAUUAGUUGGAAUGACAAUAAUGAUAUGCAAGUACUUGAAAUGCAAGGAAUUUUCUCCACUUCGAAAGACGAGUCUUCCCCUCCGAAGGCCAUUGACUUUGGACUCUCUGAUUAUGUAAAGCCAGAAUCUGGAAUCUUCCGAGAUGUCCUAAAAGCCGAUCCAAGCUUUGAUGAAGAUCCAUGGCCUUCUUUGUCUUCUGAAUUGGCACAUUUUCUACUGCAUUUGACAACUAAAGGGAAAUGGUGUUUCAAAGGGUCUUUCUGCAUUUCAACAGUCAUAUACUUGAGCCGAAGAGGAUACUUUAAUAUAGCGACGCAAAGAGCUCCUGAGUUACAGAAGUACAAUCUUCAUGCUUCUAAGAGCAAUAUCUCAUCACCUCUUCUGAAUUUUGCUGAAGUGAGAUCAAGUGUUGCUAUUUUAGUCAGAUACCUGAAGGAAUUACCAGGAUAUAAGUUAGCUCAACUCUUUAUGAAUCUCUUACUUUCAACUGCUGAAACUGCUAAAUGUAGACAUGGAAACAUUGUUCAUGAUGAGUACUCUGAAAUUCUUCAAGUUGAUGAAGAGAACCACAAAAGCAUUGUUGACAUUUUCUCCAUUCACUCAGAAAAUGAGAUAGGUCCUGCAUAUCAAAAUAUGAGUUAUACUGAUGCUGAUGAAUCUUGCUCUUGA